AUGGCCCGCUUGCUGGGCACCCUGCGCGGCUCGCAGCCCGUGGCGCGCUUCCAGCGCUGCUGCGGGCUGUUCCCCGCCGGCGAGGAGGGCGGCGGCGACCCCGCCGAGGGGGUCCGGCAUCGCGUCGUCUGCAACGGGGGCGACGCGGGAGGGCAGCGCCGUCCGGGAGCCGCCGGCUGCGGAGCGCCCAACGGAGUGCGGGGCGGCCGCGGCCCGCGGGGCUGUGUACAGAAGUACGUUGUGAAGAACUACUUCUACUAUUACCUAUUCAAGUUUUCAGCUGCUUUGGGUGAAGAGAUCUUCUAUAUCACUUUCCUCCCAUUUAUCUACUGGAACAUCGAUCACUCUGUGUCUAGAAGGAUGAUAAUCAUUUGGUCUAUUGUGAUGUACAUAGGGCAGGUCUCCAAGGACAUCCUCAAGUGGCCGCGGCCCCUCUCACCACCUGUUGUGAAGCUGGAGAUGCGGACAGAUGCAGAGUAUGGGAUGCCUUCCACCCACGCCAUGGCAGCUACUGCCAUUUCCUUCUCCUUUUUCAUCACAACCACGAACCAGUACAAGUACCCGUUUGAGCUCGGCCUGAUGGCAGCGUUCGUGUUCUCCACGCUGGUGUGCCUCAGCAGGCUGUACACGGGGAUGCACACGGUGCUGGAUGUGAUUGGCGGGGCGCUGAUCUCAGCAGUGCUGCUGGUGCUCCUGUACCCCGUGUGGGAUAGCAUUGACCACGUGCUCCUGACCAGCCCCUUCUGCCCGCUGCUGUCCAUUGCUGUGCCCCUCCUGCUGUGCUACAACUAUCCCAAGUUGGACUACUACAGCCCCACCCGUGGGGACACCACCACCAUCCUUGGGGCCGGAGCUGGAGCGACUGUGGGGUUUUGGUUGAACAACCAGUAUGUGGCACCUGCAUACGUGGGCAGCAACACGGGAUUUCCUCUCAUCACCAGUACCACGGUGGUGCUCAUGCUGGCCAGGUUCUUUGUAGGGCUCCUCGUUAUCCUACUGACAAGGCAGCUGAUGAAGAAUGUGGUCCUGCGUGUGCUAUGCUACUGCUACAAGUUCCCCAUUGCUGACCUGGAUGCCCGGAGGAGGCUGGAAGUAGAAGUGCCAUAUAAAUUUGUAACAUACUCAUCAGUGGGCUUCACUGCUACUGUCAUCGUGCCACUGCUGCACCAGCUGCUGGGGCUGAUUUGAGCCUGGUUCCUUGGCAAGUAGCUCAUGGCACCACCAUUUCAGAGAGAAGUUGUUCGAGGCUUGAACUUGAUCAAAAAGGGUUUGCUGCCUUUCUGCACUGGCAAAACACCCAGUUUUGAAAACUGAAAAGGACUCGCUGUACCCAAAUAACUUUGAGUUAGAUAUAAUCGAUCCCAUUUGAUACCGGAUCCCAUAAAGUAGUGACCCAUGGCCAAGAAGGCUGAGCAUGGUGAGCACAGCAUGAAGCCGCGUCCCCACAAGUCAGCAGUGCCAUGGAGACACAAAAAAAAGAAAAAAUCCAACCCCAUAGAGUGAUUUCUAACCAAUCUCUCGCUAAUCCUAACCCAAAAGAUUGUUUCCUGUACGGUGGAGCAGAGUGGUGGCAGCGAUGAGGCUUGUGGUGGUGCUGCUGUGGAGCCUAGCUGUGUCCAUGCAGGGACUGGGUGCACACAGCCCCUGCAGUGCCCUGGGGUGAGGGGUGAUGCUGAGCUGCCACAUCACUGUUUGUCUUCCGCACGUCUUGCAGUAGUGUACAAAGUUGUAGAAUAGCAUUAGCAGUGUUCAUAGGCAUGCCAUCGCUGUGCUGCUCAGGCUGCUUAUUUAACGGUGUGUACUUGCUCUAGGACCAAUGAGCCGUAUGAUGAAUACAGCAGUGACUGUGGUCUGCUGGGCUGGGAGAGCAUAGUGCUGCAGCACAGAGCUCGGGGUGGGCCUGCGUGCCUUCCCUGCCUGUGCAGCACAAGCUUUAGCUGUGCACCUUCGUGCUCAUGGCUGCAAGUUUGACUUGGAUGUAAGGGAGGUGCUUUGCCGUCUGUUGGCUGCCUGUACACGCACAGCCGAGCUCCAAAGCUGUGCUGGGGGCUCUGGCUGACCAGCUGGGGCACUUGAAAAAGCCAUGUCAUGUCAGACACGGUCGGUGAGCUGCAGAAGGAAGGCAGGCAGAAACGUUAGCCAUUUGUAGGUUUGCCCAGGCUGCGGUUAAACUGUUUUAAAUUAGAGUGUGUGGACACAUCUGUCUUCACAUGUGCACGCAAAGAGUUUGGAUGGAUUUCCUCCCACACUGCUGUGGUGGGCGUGGGGCUGAGGCCACCAAAGCUGCUAGGUCCCCGUUUGGCCCCAUCCUGGUGCUGCUGGUCACAGGCGGGGGACACGGCGUCACUGCAGGUGGGACCUGGGGAGCUGAGAGGCACAGCCUGGGGGGGGGAGCAGCCGUGUGAAACACUCCUGUUCUGAAUCGCAGCUACUUGGUGAUAUGGGAACUUGUGUAAGUUGUACAGAGAUGCUUGGAUUUAUAAAGCACGUGCACAGA